CUAAUUAACUUUUUUUUUUCCUUUAAAGAAAGUAAUUUGUCUCCCCCACAAGGACUGACGACAGUCUCUUUCUCUCCGUCGGACCCGGUCUAUCCAUAAAUUACCCUCCUUUUUUUUCAUUCUCAGCUCUUCCUUCUUCUUUAUUUUUUUUCCUCACCCUCCUUUCCCAUCUCUCACAAUCUCCCUGUGUCUUUAGGGUUUUGAUUCCCGACCAAUAUCUUAAAAGAAAGUGUCUGUCUUGUGUUUUGUUGCUAACAAAUGACAUCUGUCAAGAACAACAUGUUACCUCCUGGCCUGGUUUCCAAUCUGCAACAAGUACUGUUGAGCAGAAAAGGUGGAGGAGGAGGAGAAGAAAAAGGAAGUGACCUAUCAAAUAAUGAUAAUGAUCAAUCAACAGAGCCAUCUACUUCUGCUUGUGUGGAAAACACUGAAGAGGAAGACAACAAUAAUUCAAAGCCUGUUGUUUUGGUAACUAAUGGAGAUGGGAUUGACUCUCCUGGUCUUCUUUUUCUUGUUGAAGCUCUGGUUCGUGAAGGCCUCUGUAAUGUCCAUGUUUGCGCUCCUCAAUCGGACAAAUCGGUGUCCAGUCAUUCUGUGACUUUACAAGAAACAAUUGCUGCAACUUCUGCUGAAAUUAAUGGUGCCGUAGCUUAUGAAAUUUCAGGGACUCCAGUGGAUUGUGUCUCAUUGGCAUUGUCUGGCGCACUGUUUUCAUGGUCAAAACCUUUGCUGGUAAUUAGUGGAAUUAAUCGGGGAUCAAACUGUGGCUAUCAUAUGUAAGUCUCUUCCUGUGCUUCGGAAUAUUUCUAUAUUAUCCUGCUGAAA